GAUAUCCAGUCUUGAUUUUCUUCCUAAAACACUCUGGUAUAAGUGCAGUUAAAAACAAGUGUUCUGAAGUCUCAAUGUCAGAGUCACAAAAAACACAGUUGUUUUUUAUCGAUGUUGAAUCUUUGUCUCAGAAACUCAUUACAAGGAUAGAUCAUUUAAGGUUUAAAAUGUGUUUCUUUAGCUUUUGGUGAUAUGGGUAGAGUAAGGUAUCUGGUUCUAAUCCUGAUUAUAAUCUCUUUAGGAUCAUUUUUUACAGAUUUUUCCUUUUUAAUGAUAAAAGGAAGCGAUUUGAUGUGACAGCACCAUGUAUGAUUUUGUUAGUACAUUUUUUAUCUAUUAAAUUAAUAUCAUCUAUAAAAAGUGACAGGAGCACUGGCUGCUAGGUGCAGCCGGAUCAUGGGAGCUAGCUGACAGCUGAGUAACAGGCAGAAACAUCCAGGACAACCAGAGAGACAGCUGGCAGACAGACACUGAACCACCCUUCAUCAGGGAGCUGGACAUCUCCAAGAAUGAUGGGAAAACACUCCUACCAUCGACAGAGAGAUAGGCAGAAGCCAAAGGCGAAUUUUAAGUGAAAAGUUGUAUCUUGCGAAGAUAACCUGAUUCCAGCAAAGAUGGAUGGAAGACCCACCUGUGACCAGUGUGGGAAGACUUUCACCAGAAUGAAUAACCUAAAGAUACACCUACGCAUCCACAGUGGAGAAAGACCAUAUGGCUGUGACCAGUGUGGAAAGGCUUUCAUCAGAAAGGGUGAGUUUAAAAUCCACCAACACAUCCAUACUGGAGAAAGACCAUAUGACUGUGAUGAGUGUGGGAAGACUUUCACCUACAUGAAUGACCUUAAGAAACACAGCCGCAUCCACAGUGGAGAAAGACCAUAUAAGUGUGACCAGUGUGGAAAGAGUUUCACCCAACUGUCGAUCCUUAAGAGACACCUACACAUCCACAGAGGAGAAAGACCAUAUUACUGUGACCUGUGUGGGAAGACUUUCACUCAAAUGAAUAACCUUAAGAGACACCUACACAUCCACAAUGGAGAAAGACCAUAUGAGUGUGACCAAUGUGGAAAGACGUUCACCCAAAAGAACCACCUUAAGAUGCACCUACACAUCCACAGAGGUGAAAGACCAUAUGAGUGUGACCAGUGUGGAAAGACUUUUAUUCAAAAGAAACACCUUAAGACGCACCUACAAAUCCACAGAGGAGAAAGACCAUAUGAGUGUGACCAGUGUGGGAAGACUUUCAUCAGAAAGGACGAGCUUAAAAUCCACCAACGCAUCCACACUGGAAAAAAACCAUAUUACUGUGACCAGUGUGGAAAGACUUUCACCCGCUUAAAUAGCCUUAAAGUACACCUACGUAUCCACAGUGGAGAAAGACCAUAUAGUUGUGACCAGUGUGGGAAAAGUUUCACCCAAAUGAAUAACCUUAAGACACACUUGCGCAUCCACAACAGAAAAACACCAUAUUACUGUGACCAGUGUGGGAAGACAUUCACUCGCAUGAAUAGUCUUAAAAUACACCUACGCAGCCACAGUGGAGAAAGACCAUAUGAGUGUGACCAGUGUGGGAAAACUUUCACCCAAAUAAAUGGGCUUAAAAUCCACCUAUGCAUCCACAGCGGUAAAAGACCAUAUGGCUGUUACCAGUGUGGAAAAACUUUCACCCACGUGAGUAACCUUAAGACUCACUUAUGCAUCCACAGUGGAAGAAGACCAUAUUACUGCAGCCAGUGUGGGAAGACUUUCACCAGAAUGAGUCGGCUUAAAACCCACCUACAUAUCCACUCUUUUGACAGACCAUAUGAGUGUGACCAUCAUCAGCACAGAUGUGAACCAUCAACGUCUGGACCAAAAAGUACCUCAUCAUCAGAUGACAAGAGCUAAUGUAGUGGUCUAACCCUGACCUGCAGAAUGUGCUUGAUUUGAUAGAAAAUGUGUUGAACUGCAGUUGAAUGAGUGGUAAAGAAGAACCACUUGAUGUAUCACAAAAUUCAACACAUCAAUGGAACAGAUAUAAACAUUUUGUCAUGUAAUUUUGUUCUAUGUUCUACUGUAUUGCCUUGUUUUAUUCUAAUUAUGAAGUGGACCUUAAACACAAGACAAUAUAUAAUAAUACAAUAUAUUGCUGCCAGGAAAGAAAAAAAAUAAAAACAGGUUUCAUUCAAUAUGGUGCACAUUAAUAGAUACAUGACAUCCUUGGUGGUCAUUCUGCAUACAACUGCAUCAAGUACAUAGGUACGAUGUAUGUCUGAUUAAAAAUUACUAGUUGCCCUCCAAACCCUAUUGCCCCUAAAAUCUGAUUAUCCCCUAAAAUGUUUUAUCUUCUUGGACAGGAAACCAUCGAUGGUAUUAAACUGUAUGUUCAUUCAUUUUUCCUAGGAGGGAAAUUGGAAAAAGUGGUCCCCUUGUGUGAAGAUUGUUGCUUUUUCAGAGCUCUGUUGUGUUGUGUCAUGUCUGUGAUAAGUGUUUAUAAAUGUUUGUGGCUUUGGUGUUCUUGUUGUGUGCGUAUGGUACCGGUACAAGGGUUUGUGUGGAUUUUGGGUGCUGGCUCAAACUU